AUGCAGAGACGCUUCGGUCAGGAGACAGCGCCCCCUACAGGCUUCAGUGCGCAGGCGCAGCUUGCCUGUCCCCGCCCCCGCCCCCCUCCACGUGCGGCGCACACCUCGCGCUCCCCGCCCCGGGGCUCGCCUCGCACCUCCCUCCCUCCCUCCUCCCGCCCCUCCAUCUCGGGCCUCCCAUUGGCUGUCGGCUUCGUCCCUCCGACCGCAGCUCGGCUAGCCCCCGCCAAGUCGGAAGUUCCGCCCGACGCUUGCCCGUCUGCGCCGCUGAGUGGUCGACAAGGCCGUCCGUCGAGGCGGCGGGCCCGAGUCGGCGGCGGGGGCCCGCGGUCGCCCAGCCUGCAUGCCCCUCGGACACCCUGUGGAACCCCGGCCCGUCCAGGGCCCCGCCACCCACCUCGGGACCCCAGCCCGGCCCGGUCCCCCGCAGACCCUCUUCGGGAACUCCGGCCCAGCCCGGGCUCCCCGCAGGUCCUUCUGAGGAUCCCGACCCGUUCUGGUCCCCCUGCAGGUCCUUCUAAGGAUCUCGGCCCGGCCCGGCCCCCCCGAAAGUCCUUCUGGGGAUCCCGGCCCGGUCCGGUCUCCCUGCAAGUCCUCCUGGGGAUCCCGGCCCAGCCCAGUCCUCCCGCAGGUCCUUCUGGGCACCCCAGCCGAACAUUUCGGUCCCUGCUCAGACCCUCCUGGGGGGCGCAGGGCCCCCUGCAUCCAAUCAGGGGUGCUGGGCCAGGUGCGGCUGUGGGGGUGACAGAUGAGAUCCCCAUGUUUGGCUUGGCCACGCUGGGCAUUCUUGGCUCCUGGUGCCGUGAGACUUGGAAAUGCAGCCCAGAAAGUCCAGAGACAUUGACUGGGGGUAACCAGUCGGCUUCACUGAGCAUCUGUGCAGUAACAGUGACGCGGACGCUCCGCUGCCACUGCUCUCACCUAGUCUGGCGCUCAGCGCUGUUCUCGGGGUGUGCAAACUCCCUGGAGAGGCACCUGCACGCUGCCCAUGCCUGCUCUGCCCGCUGGACACCUGGCUGGCAUAGCAUAGAGUGGCUGAGGGGUCAGUUCCUUGCCGUGCUCUUCGUCGUCACAGAGGCCAUCGGAGAUUCUUGUGACAGAUUCGACAGUUGCACCGUCCAGGUCAAGUUAGAGCUGGGACACCGCGCCCAACUGCGGAAGAAGCCCACCACGGAGGGUUUCACCCACGACUGGAUGGUGUUUGUCCGCGGCCCCGAGCAGUGUGAGAUCCAGCACUUCGUGGAGAAGGUGGUCUUCUGGCUGCACGACAGCUUCCCCAAGCCCAAACGUGUGUGCAAGGAACCCCCUUACAAAGUGGAGGAGUCGGGUUACGCAGGCUUCAUCAUGCCCAUCGAGGUUCACUUCAAAAACAAGGAGGAGCCCAGGAAGGUAUGCUUCACCUAUGACCUGUUCCUGAACCUGGAGGGCAACCCACCUGUGAACCAUCUCCGAUGUGAGAAACUGACCUUCAACAACCCCACCUACGAGUUCCGGUGCAAGCUGCUGAGGGCAGGCGGGGUGAUGGUAAUGCCCGAAGGAGCAGAAACGGUGUCCAGGCCCAGCCCCGACUACCCCAUGUUACCCACAAUUCCACUCUCUGCCUUCUCUGACCCCAAGAAGAACAAACCGUCCCACAGCACCAAGGACGCCAACAAGGAGAGCAGCAAGUCCUCCAAGCCGCACAAGGUGACCAAGGAGCACCGUGAGCGGCCACGCAAGGACUCAGAGAGCAAAAACUCUGCCAAGGAGCCCGAGCGUGAGCCAGCCAAGGCUAAGGACGCCGCCCGCAAGCUGGGCGAGGGCCGGCCACCCAAGGAGGAGAAGGUGCCGCCGCCCAAGGCUGCCUUCAAGGAGCCCAAGAUGGCCCUGAAGGAGACCAAGCUGGAGAGCCUGUCCCCCAAGGGGGGACCCCCGGCCCCAGCCCCGCCCAAGUCUUCCAGCAAGCGGCCUGCCACCGCGGACUCACCCAAGCCCAGCGCCAAAAAGCAAAAGAAGAGCAGCUCCAAGGGGUCCCGGAGCGCCCCCAGCACCUCGCCUCGCACCUCGUCUUCCUCCCUGUCAGACAAAAAGCCGGCCAAGGACAAGAGCAGCACCCGAGGGGAGAAACUCAAGGCCGAGAGCGAGUCUAAGGAGGCCAAGAAGGCGCUGGAGGUGGAGGAAUCCAACUCAGAGGACGAGGCCUCCUUUAAGUCAGAGUCGGCUCAGUCCAGUCCCUCCAGCUCCAGCUCCAGUGCAGACUCCAGUUCCGACUCGGACUUUGAACCGUCCCAGAACCACAGUCAAGGCCCCCUGCGCUCCAUGGUGGAGGGCCUGCAGUCCGAGGAAUCUGACGAGGACGACUCUUCUUCAGGCGAGGAGGCGACUGGCAAAACAGACCCGGGCCGGGACUCCAGACUGAGCUUCAGUGACAGUGAGAGCGACAACAGUGCUGACUCCUGCCUGCCCAGCCGGGAGCCCCCACCCCCCCAGAAGCCACCCCCACCCAACAGCAAGGGCUCAGGCCGGAGGAGCCCCGAGACUUGCAGCAAGCCGGAGAAGAUCCUCAAGAAGGGGACCUACGACAAGGCCUACACCGACGAGCUAGUGGAGCUGCACCGGAGACUCAUGGCCCUGCGGGAGCGCAACGUUCUGCAGCAGAUCGUGAACCUGAUCGAGGAGACCGGCCACUUCAACGUCACCAACACCACCUUUGACUUCGACCUCUUCUCCCUGGACGAGACCACCGUGCGCAAGCUGCAGAGCUACUUGGAGGCCGUGGCUACAUGA